GCCAUGCAGUACAACGAUGGAUCCCCUUAUCAAAAACAGCAAGGACGUCCUUUGGGACGACCCACACCAGGGUCCCACUCACGUGCCACUUCUCUUUCUCCUCCAUUACUUAACGGGUCCGUCAGAGGCCGUCACGGCCCAUCUCCCCACCUCACGACUCUAUCCUUCCGUUAAACCACUACCUUUCCCUUCCCAUCAACGUACCUCCCGUCUUCCCUAACGUCGUUGUUUUACAACCCUAACUGUAACGUCCUUUCCAUGGCUUCCUGUGACGACGAUUUCUCUCUCAUCGGUGACGAUAACCACCACCAUACCAACCCUAACGACCAUCACCACCACAUCCUCCACCAGCCCUACGCGCCUCACAGAUUCCCAGUUAAAUCAGCUCCGAUCCACGCUCCACCUCAACCGAUAUUACCUUCUCCCGUCGCCGGAUCUGCCAUCGGCGCCAAGAAUCUUGGAGGCGGCGUAGAAGAAGCAGAAGAAGUAGAAGAAGACACAGAGACCGAUUCAGGUUUCCCUGAGGUGAAUCCUUUCAGUGACAAUUCAAAUCCUUUCAAUAAUGAGACAAAUGUUCGGGCGGACAAGAGAAGAGAAGGAGAAGAUCACAGCGAUGGAGCCAACAGCAAUCCGUACAGUUACAAGAAAGCAAGGCCGUCCGGGAGCGCUGGGAAUUCCAGUGGAGAGUACAGAAAGGAUCGAGAAGAGUGGAGCGAUGCGGCGAUCGAAUGCUUGCUGGAUGCGUACACUGAGAAGUUUACGCAGCUGAACAGAGGAAAUUUGAGAGGGAGGGACUGGGAGGAGGUGGCGGCGAUAGUAAGCGAGCGAUGCCAGAAGCAGACCAAGACUGUGGAGCAGUGCAAGAACAAAGUGGAUAAUUUGAAGAAGAGGUAUAAGUUGGAGAGGCAUAGAAUGAGUAAUGGUGGUAUCUCGGUGAGCCAUUGGCCUUGGUUUAAGAAGAUGGAGGAAAUAGUGGGGAAUUCGUUGCCAAUGAAGAUUGCUACAGAUGAGUAUAAAACAAGUGGCUCUUCUGGGACUGCAGCUAGGCAAUCCAAGAGAUAUGCAACCACAACAGCAUGUCCUGUAGGUCAGACAAAUAACAUAAAAUCCAAAUCCAUGUGUAAUGCCAGAUGGCGCAGAGUAGUCUUGAAAAUUAGUGGUGUUGCUCUUACUGGCGCUGGUCCUAACAAUAUUGACCCAAAGGUGAUGGUGCUGAUUGCAAGAGAAGUUGCAAUUGCUUGCCGCCUUGGUGUAGAGGUUGCAAUUGUUGUUGGAGGUCGUAAUUUCUUUUGUGGAAACACGUGGGUGACCGAAACAGGUUCUGAUAGAUGUAUUGCCUACCAAAUAGGUAUGAUGGCAAGUGUGAUGAAUUCUAUAUUACUCCAGUCAGCAUUAGAGAAGGUGGGUGUUCAAACACGUGUGCAGACUGCAUUUGCAAUGCAGGAGGUUGCUGAACCAUACAAUAGGCAGCGGGCCAUUCGGCAUCUUGAGAAAGGCCGAGUUGUGAUAUUUGGUGGCAUUGGUGCUGGCACUGGAAAUCCACACUUUUCCACAGACACUGCUGCAGCUCUUCAAGCUUUAGAGAUUCAUGCUGAGGCAGUAAUGAAAGGUACUAAUGUUGAUGGUGUCUAUGACUGCCAUUCCCGAGACAACAAUGUUACUUUCGAGCAUAUUUGCUUUCGGGACUUGGUCUCCAGAGGUGCCACAUCAAUGGACAUGAUGGCACUGACCUGCUGUGAAGAGAAUGGCAUUCCUGUUGUGAUCUUUAACCUUCUUGAGCCUGGAAACAUCUCAAAAGCUUUAUGUGGAGAGCAAGUUGGCACACUGAUUGAUCAAACGGGAUCUAUCAACUAAUAUCCACUAACUAAUAAAAAAGCCUUACCAGGUAGUUGUAUUUCAAAAUUCCCAAUCUAAUUCUUGCUGCAUAGACCCUUCCAGGAAUGAUAUCCUUUGGCUAGGAUACUCUUUCUCAUCACUAAAAUGGCUUUUGCGCUGUAUAUGACUUGAGAAGUCCGGGUGGAUCUUGUGACUCGCCAACUGUUGUUAAUAACUUCGAUUGAUUCAUUGAUGAACUUGCAUUCUCUCGGUGCCAAACUGUUGUAUUUUGAAGUUUGUAAAUUGUAUCAACUCAUUGAAAGUGAUUCGAUGGUGACAGGAAUGGUAAAUGUUAGUGGAUUAGCAGUGUAUGUACUGUAGGGUCGAGUCAUUACACAUUGUAAGACUAUUUUAUAGGAAAAACGAGUCGAGGCUUAUAUAAUUA